UCGUAAAGCAGGAAGACAACCUGACCGAAACCCGUCUCGGUAUCAUGAAAAUACAGAUCAGAGAAACGCUGUAAUAGCACACAGAGUUCUCGAGGAGUUAGAUCGACAGGGGGACAGUAAACGCCUGUGCUAGUUCCCGGCUGCUUUUUUCCCCUUCGUAUCAGACCGAGCACAGCGAACGAAGUAGGUUUUAGCUCGCUAAGUUAGCCUGUUUGCUAACUUUAACGUCGGUCCGGGUCGAGAUUGUUUCACAGCUGUUCUGGUUGCGCAAAAGGGGUCUAGCGACUCUGCUCGGUUUUAACCCACAUUAACGUUUCACCAUGGGAUCCAGAGCGUCCACGUUACUCCGAGAAGAGGAGAUUGAAGAAAUUAAGAAGGAGACCGGCUUCUCCCACAGUCAGAUAACUCGCCUGUACAGCCGCUUCACCAGUUUGGAUAAAGGUGAAAAUGGCACCCUCAGCCGAGAAGAUUUCCAGAGGAUCCCAGAGCUGGCCAUUAAUCCUCUGGGGGACAGAAUUAUCAAUGCGUUCUUUCCUGAGGGAGAGGACCAGGUAAACUUCAGGGGCUUCAUGCGGACCUUGGCUCACUUCAGACCAAUUGAAGACAAUGAGAAGAACAAGAACCCCACUGCCUCUGAGCCACUCAACAGCAGGACAAACAAACUGCUCUUUGCUUUCCGUCUGUACGACCUGGACAGAGAUGACAAAAUCUCUCGGGAUGAGCUGCUGCAGGUUUUAAGGAUGAUGGUUGGUGUAAACAUUUCGGAUGAACAGCUUGGCAGCAUUGCUGAUAGGACCAUCCAGGAGGCUGACACGAACGGAGAUAACUCCAUUUCCUUCAAUGAAUUCAUCAAGGUCUUGGAGAAGGUGGACGUGGAACAGAAAAUGAGCAUCCGGUUCCUGCACUAAGCUUCUUUUGUUUUUUGUUUUUUUUUUAUUUUGAGUGGAGCUUUCAACAUGUCAGUUGAUGUCAAGACACAACCUCAUCCAGCUUCUCAGCAGGCUGCUGUGGCCCACACUAUGAGUACACACUGUCAGACCAAGCAUUAGGUAGAUAAUGUCAUAGAUCUUUCGUUUCUGCCUUUGCACUGCUCUGUAAACAAAGGGAAAAGCUGCGUGCCUUGGGUUGUUUUAUGCAAUGUCACUAUGUUUUUUUUUUUUUUCCAAGUAAUGGAACAUUAUUUAUUAGAAAACUUGUAGAGAGUCACAGUUUAGUACCACUGCUGUUCCACUUUUCACAUCAAUAUGAUUUAUAGCAUAGUAUGAUAAAGAUUUUUGCUAUUGCAGUGAGUAAGUUUACUCAUACUGUUCCAUGGAUAUUUAGCACAUGCUGCGUCUUUGUCCGUACAAAUAUGCAAUAGUUCAAACAGAAACUCUUAAGAUGUGUGAUUCCACUUCAGAAAAGACUGUUUUUAAUGCUAAUGUGAUCUUAUCACUCCUUUUCUUUGACUUGUGGCAGUGCAAGUCAGACCAGCCAGCUCUGGUUUUGUCCCUUGAAGCAAAGCAGGACCUGCUCCACAGAUUUUUGUGUUUGACUCACUGAAGUGCCAUGGCUUUGGUUCUCCUUUGUAAGUUAUUAUCUCAACAGUAAACAGGAACCAGUGGUCAUGUUUGUGUGUUUUGUUUUUCACAAGGGUUAACUCCGCUACUUCCAAUAGAUUGUAAAUACCUGUUUCAAUUGUUCCACUAAAACCAAAGCAAGACUGACCUUCCUUCAGAGCCAGUAACCACCUGGGGCCUGUUGAAGCCACUGCUGAGUCAUUGUGUUCGCAAUGUUGUAUUUAAAGAACUUCUUAUUCAUUUACAAGUAAAAUUGUGCUGGUAAGAAUGAAAAUUUCACACAAAAUGCUGCCAUCUCUUUGCCUCGUAUGUAAGUCUUCGCUUGCACCUGUUGUGACAGGUAAAGAUAGUACAUUUGCAAAUCGUAUAAAUUAUUUAACUGCCACCAUAGCAUGCUUUCUAAAGGUUUUCUCCCUAAUUGAAACUAAUAAAGCCCUGACUAACAGUGUCAGGCCCUGUGGUGGAAAUUGGGCUGUGGAGCAGUGAGUUUGUAGACUUAGAACAGAUAAACCCAUGAUAAAGUGCUACGCUUCUGUUUAUGAUUCUCCCUGUGGCUACGAAAAAAGAUGUUUGUUGAUUUAUGUGCUGCUCAGCAUUUGUUGUGCAAUUUCUUUUGCCAUUGAGUAGUUCCAUAUGCUAAAGAGAAUCAAAUGCAUUGAUAUACGUGUAUUUUCUGUUCAGGCUAGUGUACAUGAAUUGGAGAGCAAAUGUCUGACCCUUUAAUCUUGAAUGUGAGUUUGUCCAAUUAUUACAAAAACACCCUCCAGCUGCUCAGUGCAGGAAAUACAGCUCAACCAUUUUAUCAAUCAUGUGAUUAUCAAUCAGACACGAUUCACGUUAUGUGAUGUUGGUAUAGGUAUUAUCAAAGUGAUUCAUGAAUUUGAUUUGAAUAAAAUAAGUGCCAUGC